AUGAAACGGUCAACAUACUUCAUGAUAAGCACUGUCGUCUUUUACGCUCAAUUAUUGGGCAUUUUGAAUUUUUGCUACGAUUGUCGUACGGGUAAAGCUCACAUAAGAGCUCACGUUACCGCUUACUCAGCCAUAAUGAGUUUAACAAUGUUUGGCGUUUUAACGUAUUUUCUUUUCAACAUGGAAAUCAAAACCAGGCCGCCCGGCAGUGCAGAGCUACAUUAUAAAUUAAAUCUCCUAACAGCAGUCAUACGUAUAGGCGGCGUUAUACUAACAGUUUUCUAUAAUUGGACGAAACGUAAAGGUUCUGUGGAAUUGUUAAAUUCGUAUCAAACAUUUUGCAAAAAAUUCCUACAAAAAUGGCAAAUGCAGGAAAAGUAUGUUAACUAUAUGGAAUGCGGCAUAAGAUUCAAGUUGAAACGUUCAUUUAUAGCUGAAUUGUUGUUAUUUAUAGUUACGGUGCAAAAUUUUCGUGAAAUAUUUGAUAUGGAGAAUCCGUAUAUACUGCUGCCAUUGGCUUUGAUACCCACCGUGCUUAAUGUCGUCAUGACUUUGUAUUAUUUUACCAUUUUAAAUAUCAACAUUUUAAUGAUCAUAAUCAAUGAUGAGGUGAAGAGAAUUCUAAAUGCAGCCAAUCAUAUUUGUGAAUCAGGUGUAAGACAAGAACAGGCUUGCUGUCAUUUGGCUGAUCAAUUGGACGAGUUGGCUGUGGCCCAAUAUAUAAUAAAGGAUUAUUUAAAGCGCAUUAAUAACAUGUAUGACUUGCAAGGUGUUUGUGUUAUAUUGGAUUUAUAUGUGAAUAAUAUUUGUGUGAUUUAUAUGUUUACUAUGAUGUCCGCACAUCUUGAAUUGUGGGCCUCAUAUGGAGAAUGGGUGGUAUAUUUUGUACCAGUUGCUAUGUUUAUUUAUUACAUGGAUUUGAAAUUGUUUUUAUUCGCCAUGUUAAAUACCAGGGAUUUGGUGGAGAGAACAGGAGAGUUAUUGAAAGAGCGCCAGGUUUCGUUGUUGAAUAUGGAUGAGAGAUUGGAGAGAAGUCUCAACAACUUUUCUUUACAACUGGCAGCAUUUCCUUUGGAAUUCGAUUUGGUGGGCCUAUUUAAAAUGAACCGUCCCAUGGCUUAUGCCACAUUUAGUUCUACCAUUUCAAAUGCUAUUGUUUUAAUGCAAUAUGAUUUAAAAUAUACGAACAAAAUUUGA